AUGGCGAAUUUUGAAAAUGUGCGCAGAAUGUUUUGGCGUUUUAAACACAUUUGGGGCUCUAGAACUCUGCCCCUGUUAGCUAGUUGCCUCAUCUGGUUGGUGCUGCUGGAGCUCUAUUUAUUCGCGCUAAGCGGAGCCGGCAUCAAGCUAAUGGACUAUCUGCAACCGCCAUAUAAGGAGAACAUCUCCGACUAUGUUGUGGGCAGUCGAAACCAGACCUUGGACAAUUUGAGCAUCGCCGAGCAGCUGUACAGCAGCAUCCGAAUACACUGCCUGCUGCAGAUGACCAACGAUCACGAGCAUCGCAAGUUAAGACACAUACGCAGAACUUGGGGCCGGCGCUGCAAUAGGAUGCAUCUCAGCCAGUCGGUGAAUCCGGCGGGUACCUAUCGCCGCAUCUACGAUAGGUACUCCUCGGACUUGGAUUGGUUGCUGCACGUGCAUGUGGACAGCUAUGUGAUCAUGGAAAAUGUGCGCUUCCAUCUUGCCAGCUAUGCGCCAAAUAGCCGAAUUUACUUCAGCGCUUUCCAUCUGGCCUAUCCCUAUGCGCAUGUUAGCCUGCGAGACACCACGGAUUUUAUAUUUAGUCGCGGCGCACUGAAGCAGCUGGUCGCACAGGAUUGUGUUCCCAACAACAACAAUUUAGGCGGCUGUCUUGCAGCCAUGCAGGAGGGUCCCAAUGUGUACCUGUUUCCAUUUAAGGUGCCCGCCGAGUUGGUCCCGUUCUCGCUUCGCUCCGAGUUUUGGAAUUGGCCAUAUAUACACAGAGCGAUCUACUCCGGGCUGGGCUUUAAUAUAUCCACAGAUUAUCCCAUCGCCUUUCCAUAUGUCACCGCCAAUCAACUUUAUGUGUUGGAGUAUUUUCUGUACCAUCUCAGACCGUAUGGGUACAUGACUGGAAUGCCUGGGCUGAGACAGGGAUCGGCUUUGCAAUUGGCGACUGUGCCUGUAAAUGACACCCUAUCUAAGCAGCUCUAUAAGCAGGUGCGCAUUCUCUGCCUGGUACUGACCUAUCCGGACAUGUAUGCUAAGGUGGCGAGGGCCAUUCGACAAACCUGGGGGCGUCACUGCAACAAGCUGAUUGUGUUUAGCAGUCGAAGGCAGGAGAGACGGGAAGAGGCGGGAAUGGCAACUGUGGCACUAAAUGUGAGCGAGGGCUACAGCCUACUGUGGGGCAAGGCGAAGGCAGCUUUUAAGCACGUUUACCGACAUUAUCUGGAUGAGGCGGAUUGGUUCUUUAAAGCCGACGAUGAUACCUAUGCCAUCAUAGAUAAUAUGCGCUACAUGCUGCAUCCACAUCAACCCGAUGAGGCCAUCUACUUUGGCUGCAAGUUCACUCCGGACGUCAAGCAGGGCUAUAUGUCUGGUGGCGCUGGCUACGUACUUAGUCGGGAGGCAGUGCGUCGUCUGGUCGAAGACGGUCUGGAUUCGGGCAGAUGCAAUCAAAAUCAAAUGGGCACCGAGGACUUUGAAAUGGGUGUCUGCUUGAGCACGUGCAAUGUUACCGCUGGCGAUUCGAGGGAUGCUGAAGGGCGACAUCGAUUCCUGCCCCUCUCAUUGGAGCACAUGAUGAUACCUGGACGCAUGAGCAAUGACUUUUGGCUGUAUGAAUACAUGUACUACAAAUUAAAGGAGGGCCUGGAGUGUUGUUCAACCUAUGCCAUAACAAUUCACUAUGUAUUACAUUAUCAAAUGUACUUAUUUGAUUAUCUUCUGUAUAAUAUGCGUCCAUAUGGCAUUAUAAUGGGAUACGAGCCUCUAACUGGAAAACUAAACUCAAAAAGAAAUUUUACAAGAUUUCAGAUUUAAAUGUUGAGCUUCUUAUUGUGCUUAAUAC